AUGGAGGAGGUUCUUCCGGGAGGAGCAUCAUUUAUUCGGAAUACUGAAACGAUCUUGCAUAUGCUGCAGUUGCUGGUGGACAAGGGUGUUUUCAUCGGGGAGGAGGAUUAUUUCGACAAGUUGAAGGGGGAAUUAGAAGAAGUGAGAGAGUAUUUUCUGGCUGCAUGGAAAUUGGAGAUUUCUUUUAAAAGUCUUGUAGAUUUUGUUUGUGACGAAAGGGAGCAGAUUUACUCUUCUUCUGAAUUAGAUCAGGCAUCGUCCAGCUUCGACUCAAUUGCAGCAACCUUCAUUUUUGGAGAUUUUUUGAAGAAUUUUAGGCAACAGACCCGAUGUCUUGACGAUUCUGUUCAUCAAGGUUGGCAGGGUUUUUAUUCUCUUCUUCUUAAGGAUGGAUUGCCCUCCACUGUAGCAGAUCGAGAAAGUAUAGUGAAUUUUGGGCAACAAAUCAGGGAUUUUUACAAACGGAUGUGGGAUUCCAUGGUGCCACUCUUUUCGGAAUCCAGAACGAGAUAUUUGCAGCAGCGCUGGGAUAAUGACUGGACGGGUGGAUGGGAAGAGAUGUCUUGUGCGAAAAGUGAAGUCAUUGAUCUUUUCACAUCCUUCCAACUGAAUGUUGAGUGCAUUCUCCGCCUUGGUGUACUCUGUGAUUCAAGAUUUGCAGAAGUCUGGAAACCUGUUCUUAUUUACUCAACAUUACCGCAAGGGCAUCCUAUCAAGCGAUUUCCAUUUGUGAAACAUUUCAGUUCAGGCUGGGGGAAUAGCCUCAAAUUUAUCAAGCGAUUUCCAUUUGUGAAACAUUUCAGUUCGGGGUGGGUGAAUCGCGGGGAUUUCAGUUAUGGCUGGGUGAAUCGCCUUGAAUAUAUCGAGCGAUUUCCAUUUGCGGCUCUAUUCGCAGCUCGUCUUUGUUGUUGGGUUUUAAGAGAUGGAAUUCACUUUGUCUGGGAAUCGCGGUCACUCACUCCGUCUACCGAGGCAAUGACUUGCAUUGAUUCGAUCAUAGAUUUCUGCAAGGAUGUUCAUGAUCUGAAGCAGCUGAAGGUAGAGUUGAGCCUAGUGAAGAUAUUUUUCCUGUGUGCAAGGAAAUUGUGUUAUUCGUCAACGAGAACUGAAAUUUUUAGAGAUUCUGUUCGUGAAAAUUGCCAGCAGUUUUGCUCUUUUCUUUCUCAAUUGGAGCAUGGAUUGCCCCCCAGCGAAUUGGCUGGGGCGAUCUCCAAUUUAAGAAGAAUCUUAAAGAGUUAUAGGCAAAAUUUCAGUAAAUCGUAUGUUAAGAUGCCGGACUUAUUAUUCCACAGGUACCGCUAUCGCAGCGAGAGUCGUAAUUCGAAUGUAGAUAGCCUUUUAACAUCCAGUUCUGGCUUGAGAGAUGAAUUCAUGGAACUCUUCAAUUUUCUCUUAAAAAACCUUGAGGAUAUUGUCAUCUGGGGCGAAGCCUGUGAUUCAAGACUUGCAAAAUUGUUGGAACCGAUUCAAGAGAAGCUAGUGUUCCUUAGAACUUUCAUUCUCUUUGCCAGUUUGCAAGGCAAGUCCAAGAGGAAACUCUCGGAGCACUGUGCAGUUGUGGCUUUAUCUGCAGCACAUCUUUGUUACAUUUGCUGGUUUUUCAGAUAUGACUAUCAAGAGCUCAACUGGAUGGACUCAAAGAUUUCUGAAUUAACAGACAAGAUCAUGCGUGUUGAUCACCGAGCCCAUCUCACAUAUAUUUGCGUCCUUGAAUCUGGAACAACUUCCCCCACUCUGUCUGCCAAGAAGGAUGUGAUUAUAGUGACUGAAUUUGUUGAUUCUCUCCUAGGUCAUCUUGGGGAGUUACUACUAAAUUGUCCUGCCUAUUUUGUGGUAUCUUUGAAGCAUCAAUUGCGGAUGCUUUUUGAGGGACUGCGAUUCUUAAGAAACAUUCUCAAUAAGGAGAAGUACGAUGGGAUAGAGGGAAAAAUCAAGGAUCUUAUUGGAGCUGUGGUCAAUGACGCUGGGAUUGUAAUUUUUUCACUUUAUCAGAAUGACCUUCAAGUAGCUUCAGCUGAGGAAAUAGAUGUUAAGCUCUUUUGUUUGCUGGGGAGGAUAAACACUAUCAAGGCAGCUGUUGAUGAAAGCUAUCCUGUAGUGCCAAGGUUCAACUUCCCUACUACUAAUGUGCUGGGGAUUAUCAAUCUUCUCCAAGAAAAGCUGAAGGAACUGGCAACUUGUAAAGUUGAUCCUAUAUUUACUUUUGCAAAGGAUAGAGUUCAUUUCUUAAGGCUAUACUUAAAGAAUGCCACGGAGCAGCACAGCCAGGAUGCCAAGCUCCAACCACAAACAAUCCAAGAAGAUUUGUCAUUCUUGAAAUCAUUCUUGGAAAAUAAUUUGGAGCAGCACGUAGAUAAGGAAAAGCUUCAACUUCAAACAGUGCAAGAUGGUCUUGUAUUCUUAAGAUCAUUCUUGGAAAACAACAGGGAUCAAAGCAACCACCCUGAAGAGCUCCAAGCUCUUAGUAGUCAUGUUGUGGAAGUGGCAUACAAGGCAGUGUUUGUUAUUGACUCCUUAAUUGUUGGAGAUAUAUCAUAUUAUUCUCUUCUGCUAUUUGAUGAUGUCACAGCAGAAAUUAAGCUUCUUAAAACUAAGACAGGGGAGACUGACAGCAUCGAAGCCCAAAAACCUACCCAUGGUUUGAGGGAUGUGUCAUCACAAGGAAGGAAGUGGAGUGGAGUAUUUCACCAGGUGCCAUCACAGGGUAGUAUCUCAACAAUCAAUAAAGCUGUGGUAGAUCUGAAGGAUCAGGAGCAAACAAUUAUUGGUCAACUUAUAGGAGGAUCGCUGCAGUUGGACAUCAUUUCCAUUGUGGGAAUGCCUGGACUAGGCAAGACGUUUCUGGCAGAUAGAGUUUACCGUGACCCGUCAAUUACAUCUCACUUCCAUAUUCUUGCAUGGUGUUGUAUCUCUCAAGUAUAUUGCAAAAAAGAUCUGUUGCUUGGGAUCUUGGCAUGCAUUGAUCCAAAAGCUCAAUAUUCGGAGUUUGAUGAAGAUGAUUUGGCUCACAAGCUUUGCAAACACUUGAGGAAACAGAAGUAUCUUAUAGUUUUGUAUGACAUUUGGGACAUUGAGGCAUGGAAUGCUUUGAAAAUAUCUUUCCCGGAUGAUACCAACGGAAGCAGAAUUCUCUUUACAAGUCGACAUCAUGGGAUUAUUGGUGAAUCUCACCAUCUUCGGCCACUUGAUGAAGAAGAAAGCUGGGAGUUACUACAGAAGAAGCUGUCAAUUACCAUAGAAGGUGGCUAUCCUGUAGAGCUAAGUGUUCUUGGGAGGCAAAUAGCAAAAAACUGUAAUGGACUGCCUUUAUCAAUCGUCAUCAUAUCUGGAAUUCUUGGGACUCUAGAUCAAGGUCGUUGGGAAGAGGUAGCAGAAAGGCUAGACUCAAACAGCAAGAUUGGUGCCACAGAACAAUGCAAGAGCAUAUUAGAGUUGAGUUACGAGCAUCUGCCUGACCAUUUGAAGCCAUGCCUUCUUUACUUCAGUGCAUUUAGAGAAGACCAAGAAAUUUCUGUAAAGAGGUUGAUGUUGCUGUGGAUCGCUGAAGGAUUUGUGCGAAAGAAGGAAUCAGAGAGCCUUGAAAAAUUAGCAGAAGGCUAUUUAAUAGCUCUAAUCAACAGAAGCUUGGUUAUGGAGGGGCAACAAAGAUCCAUUGGCGGGGCCAAGACGUGUCACAUUCAUGAUUUGUUGCAUGUCUUUUGUUUGGGAAAAGCUCAAGAUCAAAAUUUUCUACAUUUGAUACGAGGAUGUGAUGGAUUUCUUAAUUUUGAUGAACCACACUACCCAUAUCGGUUAUCUAUUCACUCUCAGCCAAAGCAUUUUGUGAAGUCAAAGAUAUUUUGUCCCCAUGUACGCUCUCUAUUACAUUCUUCUCAUGGUAUUGGGGCCGUGGAGGUUGCUCAUUCAGUUGAGAAAUUGAGGCAUCUACAAGUACGUGGUGCUUUGAUUGAUCUUAGGUUGGCAAAGGAAAAUCCUGAAGGCCCCUGUAUGUUAUACAAUUUACACACGUUUUCCACUCCAAAGCUUUAUCUCGGGCAAAGCAUGGAAAAGAUGAUGAUGAAGUUUCCAAAUAUCCGCAGACUGAAAUGCUGUCUGCUACAGUCAGAGGAAUCUUCUAGUGAGAGCACAAGGAUCGUGGCAAUGGACUCUCUGAGUCAGCUAGAAUCACUAAAGCUGCUACUGGGUAAAAUUACUGCAAAUUGUAUUGAAUUUCAUCCCCCCUUGAAUCUGAAAAAGUUGACACUGGAGGACUUCUCAUGGAGUAUAAUUUGCACAAUCAGAAAGCUACCCAAUCUUGAGGCUCUCAAAUUAAUCCGACAAGCAGCUGCGGAAAAGGAAUGGGACAUGGGAGACAUUGAAUGCAUGGAAGAGGAGGAAAUCUUCCCUAAACUCAAGUUCUUGAAAUUGGAAUCCUUGAAGAUGGUCAGGUGGAUGGGCACAGGAGUGCAUUUUCCCAGUCUUGAGAGAUUAAUUUUGGAGGGUUGCGCGGAAUUGGAAGAGCUCCCUUCUUGUUUACAGGAUACUUUAACUCUUCAAUUGAUUGAGGUGCAUGGAUGCCUAUACUCUGCUGGAGAUUUAGCUCGGGACAUUAAGAAACAACAGAUGGAUUAUGGAAACAUGGAUCUUAAAAUCCUUAUCUCGGAAGAAGUUGAUGAGUCUUCUUCAUGGUCAGAUGGAGAUUCAGACGGAUGGUUACCAGAAGAAAUUGAGGAGUCUUCUUCAUCGUCGGAAAUUCACACAGAUGAUCAGGCUAACGAUCGUCUGCCGUAA